UGGGCUGUGUGGCGCCGCCUCUCCUCGUGUCGGGGGAGGGACGGAGGGGCUGGAAACGAGAGAGAGAAAUCCCGACCCACCCACCGGCUGGCAAAGAGCUGUAUGCAACCGGUGGGAGGCCGGGCCGGUUUGCGGCUGGGGCUUGGGCCGUUUCUCGGCGGGUCCCUGGCGGCGAGCGCGGACGGCCCGGAGGCGGCGGCUCUGAGCUGGCAGGCGGAGGGCUGUCUCCCGCGCCCGCCUGCCCGGCGCGGUCCGAGGAUGCGGGGGGGCGAUGCCCGGGGCCAGGGACGCGCUCUGUCACCAGGCGCUGCAGCUGCUGGCCGAGCUCUGUGCCCGUGGGGCCCUGGAGCACGACAGCUGCCAGGAUUUCAUCUACCACCUGCGGGACCGCGCCAGACCCCGGCUCCGCGACCCAGAUAUCUCGGUGAGCCUGCUGACCCUUGUAGUCACUGCCUGUGGCCUCGCUCUCUUUGGUGUGUCUCUCUUUGUGUCUUGGAAACUCUGCUGGGUUCCGUGGCGAGAAAGAGGCCUGUUCUCUGGUAGCAAAGACAACAACCAGGAGCCUCUUAACUACACGGACACAGAGACCAAUGAGCAAGAGAACAGUGAGGGCUUCCUAGACCCUCCCAGCCCCUGCCCGGACUCCUCCAUGAAGAUCAGCCACACCUCCCCUGACAUCCCCCUCUCCAACCAGGCGGAGGGCCAGGAGAACUGUGCCCAUGGUGUCCGCAUGCAGCGCCAAGUCACAGAGCCAACCUCGUCGACUCGGCAUAAUUCAAUCAGAAGACAACUCAACCUGUCAAACCCGGACUUCAAUAUCCAGCAGCUUCAAAAACAGGAACAGUUGACUGGAAUUGGUCGAAUCAAACCAGAGUUAUAUAAGCAGAGGUCACUGGAUAAUGAUGAUGGGAGAAGGAGUAACAGCAAGGCCUGUGGGAAACUGAACUUUAUUUUAAAAUAUGACUGUGACUUGGAGCAGCUCAUAGUGAAGAUUCACAAAGCUGUCAAUUUGCCUGCCAAGGACUUUUCUGGGACCUCAGAUCCUUACGUCAAGAUCUAUUUGCUUCCCGAUCGGAAAACAAAGCACCAGACUAAAGUUCACAGAAAGACCCUGAACCCUGUGUUUGAUGAAGUAUUUUUGUUUCCAGUUCCCUACAAUGACCUUGCAGCCCGGAAGCUUCACUUCUCUGUGUACGACUUUGACAGGUUCUCUCGCCAUGACUUAAUUGGCCAAGUGGUGGUGGAUCACUUCUUAGACUUGGCUGAUUUCCCCAGGGAGUGCAUCCUUUGGAAGGACAUCGAAUAUGUCACCAAU